AGAAUGCAUUGCACUUACUCGUAGAUACUUCAAAAGGACACUCCUGGUCCUGUAGAUUUGAACAUUCUCAAAAGUGAUCAAUUUUAUGUUACCUGCGGUCAAGAUAUACCUACUUUGUAUUCAGUCUUCAAGUUGAAUUCAGAAAUACAUAUUCCGCAGUCGAUACCUCAUCUGCUGUCUCUCUCCGAUAUGAAGAAAAUGAAGAAAACCGCGUCAUACUUCAGUCGACAACAAUAAUUAAUAACUUGUGGAAACUUUGCCUAUACAGCUUCGUUCGCUGAUACUCAACAGUAGUACCGUGUACGAUAAUAUGACAAAACCGCAAACGAAAAUGACAAAUAUAACCGCGACGACGAGCGUCAAUAUUAACGUCGAAAAUGGUCCUAAUACACGUAGACGGGCGUAAUUCCUCAUCGCGUUGAUGUAGUCUAUAUGGAAUAUUGUCAACACAAUUAAGCAAUUUAUACCACGAUGUUAUCAACAAGACAAGACAGAAGACACCACCGGAGAAGAACUCCGAGUCAAAGAUGAAGCCGAAGCAGCCGGGACGAAAUUGAAAAUCGGAGCGAAACCGAUCCGAAUGUUAAAUUCUUUAUGAAUUUAACAUUAUAUUUAAAUAUAUAACAUCAAGAAUAAAACCGAAUCGAAAGAACGUUAUAAUUACAUCGAAUUGUUGUCUUCAGAAAAAUAAUUACCAUGGUUCCAAGAAUUAAAACAACCUAUGUUCAUUUUGUAGGAUACCUAGAGUUAAUUGACAGAAGCUCGUUCUCGCUAUCGCUAAAGCAAAUCUUGAAUCACGAAUCCCAAUGUUGAUAUGGUUAACUGUAUUUUUUCUCAUUCUCGAGUAAAAUUGAACGGCGUCAAUAAAAUAGUAACUCGUUCGUGGUGCGACAAUCGACCGUCAGCGAUCAUCUUCGUAUACUUGGAAUACAUUGCCGGGCUGCAGCUUCAACCACACAGCACAGGUUCAAACCGAAGAUCCACAACACCAAAAACUGGAAAUGACCGAAGUCACGUCAGAAGUGUACGAUAUUAUCCAUCCGACUCCGAUAUCGCUGAAACAACUAUCAGCAAUCGCCAUUAGCCUGGAAAUAUGGCGCCGGAAAGUGAAGGAAUAUCGCACUGGAGAAAAACUGAAAGAAUUUGACCCUGACAGGCUACGAAAAGACAACGCCUGGAUGAAAUCUAUGCUUCCUGAUUUACCAUCCCCGAUUUACAAGAUGAUUGACGAAAUUGUCUCAAGAUUUGGGUAUUCGAUGAAACCUUGGCAAAGUAUGCAUUAUAAAAGAGUAUUUUGUUUUCAAUACACUGAUGAGAACCAUAUUUUAGAAGACUUCGAUGAUUUUGUCUGCGAUUACGACGGCACUAUCGAUUACAAGAGGACAGCCGAACGUAUGAUGCGUUGUGAUGGAUUCAAUUUGGAAAUGAAGUUUGUAGUUGCUUGUUUGUAUUUCUUUGAACACGAUAUUAGACGAAUUUGGCCAUCUGUAUCCGAAUGCGAAUACUUGGAUGUGGAUUGCAUUGAUUUUGACAAUUGCUCGCAACUCUAUUAUUGGAUUUGCCGUCUCACGAAUAAAUUAGAUAAAAUACCAACCUUAACCUUAAGGAGUGAAACUAUUGAUGAAAGAAUGUUCAGGGCGUACAUGCCUUAUAAUAGACCUUCUAUCGAGUAUUUUUGGAAUCGUAUACCUCUUGAAAAACGAAUGCAAAAAGCUAUUGAUCACCUUUGUGAUCAUGAUUUUAUUAGAGUUAUUUUACCAAAGCUGGAUAAUCAGCAGCUCGAUAAAUUUGUCAAUGGCGAACGUGCUUGCUUGUUUGAUAUAUUCUACUAUUUUCGUUUCGAGGAAUGGAUUGUCCUGAGAACUUGGGUUCACAUUAGGAACAUUAUAAAUGAAGAUAAUUUCACCAAUCUUAUCAUUCGUAUGUUUCAAGUUAAGGAUGCUGAUGAAUAUGAGUACCCUGAACAGGAAAAGGAAAAGUGGGAAUAUUUGUGUUGUCAGAUAUGGAACCAUACACAGCCUAAUUUAAAAUCUUCGGUGAUUGGAGUUAUCUCAACUGACAGUAGCCAGUUCACAGCUAAUAUUGAUACUUAUGAUGAUUAUGAAUGUAAUCAGAUGAAUGCUGAAUUGCUAUUGACUAUUCUGCGAGACGCGUCUUUGAAAAAAAGAAACUUAUUCUGGCGUAAUUGCUGGAAUUUUCUAAUUCAAGCGGUUCGAAGCAAAGAUUUGCAACGAGUAAUAAAAUUGUGCUUUAAAAACGAAGAUGAGAUUAAUCAGUUCAAGCAAAAUGUUAUAGUUAAAAACGGAGAUGUUCUUCAGCUCUGCGUUGCAUUAUUGGAUGAUGCAUUUUUGAAAGAAUUGAAUGCAUUUGUGACUUUUUGUUGUCCUGAAUUGCAAGGAAGGAGAAUCUUUAAACAACAAAUACUGCAGUCAGCUUUUCUCGAUGAAGAUUGUCUACUCAGCGGUGAGAUUCUGCGAGAAAUCGACGAAUUCAAUGAUUUUGUGGAAGAUGUUUCUACCUAUAUUAAAAAUCGGCUCAUUUCGUCGCCUUCAGUUAUGGAACGUUUAUCGAGCAUCAUUUGUACAGGACUUGUUUCUUCGGAAACGAUAAUUAAAUUUAUUGAUACCCUUGCUUCAACGGAACUGAAGGAAGAAACCGUAGUGCAGGCCAAGAAGAGUUUGAUUGAUUCGUUGAAAAAGUAUUUGACUAGGAAUGCACGUAGACCUGCAGGUAAAAUAUAUCGCAAGGAUGAACUCAACUCGAUCUUAUUAUGGUGCUUGGGAAGUAAUGAAGGAGUCGAAGAAUUCAAUCUAAAGUACACUUCGUGGUAGAGCCAGAUGGCCAUGAAAAUCAAGUCAGAGAAUUUGUGAUUUUUUAAAAAAUCUAAGUUAUGUUAGGUUUUUUACGUAUAUUUUUUAUUCUUCUAAUUUAAUUUACUUAUACUUUAUACAUAUCAAUAGAAUUUUUGAAGGGAAUGUUUCAAAUUUCUUGAACAUCUUAUCAUCCAUUUGUUUUUUGUUUCAAAUAAUUUUGUAGAUAUUUUAAAGGAUUUUACUGAUUCUCAAUUGGUUUUCAUUAUGUUUUACACGAUUUGUGAUUUUUUUCUUGCCUCAUGUUAUCGUCUUUUGGAGGAAGUGGGUACCUCUACCUAUGUUGAGAAUUGUCAUGAUAUAUUCGAAAAUGUGAAUGGUUCUUACUGUAAAUUCAAGCACCUACUGCUAUCUGCGAGUUUCAAUUAGUUGAUGAUUUUUGUGAGAUAUUCAAAUAAGUGUCCAUGUCACAAAUACAAUGUAAAAGGUUUUAGUUACACGGUUUGUUUUGAAUGCUGAGUGAUUGGAGUUAUUUCAAUCAUAUUCAGACAGUUUUGAAUGAUUUGAAAAGUUUACCUUUUUUUCGUUUAUGAAAUGAAUUGCUACUUGAACUACAUAAUAUUAUAUACUUUAUUAAAGUUUUGAUUUUUUUUUAAAAGUAAACUUUUACCACACUUUUUGUACCUAGGUACUUUCUAAUAUUUUCGAACAAAUUUUCAAAAUUUUUGUUGCUAUUUUUGCAAAUUGUUAUUUCAAACGUGCCCGUUUCACAAUAAGUACCUACUUGUUAUUGAUGUAAGUGUUUAAUCAUUUAUUUUCAAUUUUCGCUUAAUUUAUAAUCAUAAUUUCUCUGUUUACUCAUGUGAAUAUUUUAGUAAUGUUACAAGCUGUUUUUUUUUUUUUUUUUUUUUUACAAAUUUCAAGUAUGAUAUUGUUUCAUCUUGAAUCAUUCUUAUGGUAUAGUUUUUCUUGAUUAGUCUAGCAUAUUUUCAAGUUGAAAUUGUUAUCAACUUGAACAUUUUUUUGCACUUUUUUUAAAAUUUACGUACUUAUUGAGAUUUUUAUUGUUUUCUGAUGGUUCUGAUUGAUUUUCUUUUUUGAAUACUUGAGGUAGUCAGAUAUCUUCAAUGUUAUGAAAAAUUGAUAAUUGCAUAAUUUUCGAAAUUUAUAUUAUAAUCUGGAACGAUUUCUGCUUUAAUUAUAAAAAAUGAUGCCACUGAACGUUUGAAAUCUCGAAAUGAAACAUUCGGAGGUGAGUUGUUGUUUUUUGCUAUUGUGAGAUUGUGAGAUAUGAUAGUUGUCUACAAAUUUAGAAUUUAUACGGAAACUGAGCCAUUUUGCAAUUGAAAUAAGAAUUUUCUAUUAUGUGAAAAGCCUGAGAACGCAUCGAAAGAGGAAAAUUUGAAAAAAGUUCAAGAAUAUAUUUCACUCAUUCCUUCCUCCCCUCUCCAUCGCUCAAAAAAGGAUUGAAAUGUUUGAGAAAUACGCUGCUAAACGUUUAGCUUUUAGGCUGCUACUCGUAUUUCAUGCUGCUUUUUUGAUUUUUGAAAAUUUUUGAUAUUUUGACUUUCCCUGUCCAAUUAAAACAUUCUUAAAAGUUUUCUGCUGGGGUCUACUUUUUGCCAAAAUUGCUGGAAGGUCCUGUUUUCUUAUUUUAAAAAUCCAACUUGAAAUUUUUGUAUUAAUUUUCUCUUUCUUUUUGAAUUUUAUUUGAUUAUUUUUCAUUUUAGUUUAUUUUAAAUUGCUCCUUUCUCCGCUCUGGAAUUGAUAAUUUUUUUCUCGAAGUCCUGCUUUUGCCCUGCGUUUCCGUGUUGUAAUGUAUAUUUUGUCAAGUCUUGUUGAGAAAUUUUUUUGCAAAAAAAAAAAAUGUUUUCUGGGGCGAAAAUUUUCAACUUAUCGAAUUCUAAUUUGGUCACGUUGGAAUUCUCAGGGGGGGGGGUCAAUUAGAUAUGUUUCAUAAAGUGUUUGACGGAAUUUUCUAUCAAUUUUUGGGUAUUUUGAAUAGUUUUGUGAUUUAUUUCUUUUUCACAGAUCCAAUUUUCGUGUACUUUUUUUCUGUUCAAGUUAUUUAAACCGGAAAAUGAUAACUUCACUAGAAAAUAUUGGCACUUAACUGUGGCUUCGUGGCUUUGUUUUCAGCACUAUUUUUCUUUAUUGAACAAUCCAUUUUUUCCGCGGUCAUAAAAUUCAAGUAAAAUUUAAAACAAAUUUUUACACAACGUCAAAACAACCGUUUAUAAAAAUUUAUUCGUUAUUUUUCAACUUUUUUGUGUAAUGUUACAUUUUUUUCUUACAAUUUUUUGUU